AAUUGCCUCAAGGGUAUUUUUAAAAUACAUGCGUAUAAUUGAUACUUAACAAUGGAAAUGUGUUCUAUGCUGUGAACCUGUAUAUCAAUUUUGAUUGAUUCUUCAAUAGGAUGUAAUAUGAUUGAAGAGGGAUCAUUCCUUGUAAACAUCCACUCUUUGUUGCUGUUGUUGUAGAAAUCAGUGCGUCUUUGUCAUGCAACCAUAUCAUGGAUUUAUCUCGUGAAUACGCUAUAUUGGAUUAGCUGUGAUUCUAUAAAUCUACUCUUCUUAUCUCAAACAUUGCAUUGAUGCUAGCAUCUCUAGCCAUGGAUAGCUUAAUGUCACGUAGUUUUUCGGAGAUUCAUCAUCGAGAUGUAAAAGAAGCACCAACAUAUCGCCCGACUCAAUCAUUGAAGUCCCCCAUCAUGAGAAAAUUAGACAAAUUUAGUUUUCAUCAAUCAAAGAAAAAGAAACAUGGAAUUGAGCGUGGAUUUGGUUUUGGUUUGUCUUCUUCUGUAUCUAUGCCUGGGAUAGGAGCACUUGCGUUAUUAGCUGCGCCCGCCCUAAUAGGUUGCAGCCCUCCCACUAUAUACCCCCCUAUAGAAGAUGCCAUUAAGAUAACUAUAGGAUCAGACUCGGAUGAUGAAGAUCCAGGUAAUUACGAUGGAUACAGCUC